AAUCAAAACUGAUGCAAAAAUGUAGUUGAAUAUCAGUGGUUCGCAUACAAACAUUUGACUAGCCCGUGUAUGGCAAUAAAAUUACAAAGAUGGCUGGCGUUUACGAGAAAAGUGUAACAGACUUCAGGAGAAAAUGGGACAAAGAGGAAUACGAGAAAAUGGCUAAGGAGAAGUUGGAAGCAGAGCAGAUGGCUUUGCUGGAGAAGGAACUAAAGGAACCACCAGUGAAAAGAGAACUUCUCCAACCCCGCGAGUACAAGGUUGAUCUUGAUUCAAAACUGGGAAAGUCUCAGGUGAUCACAAAGACAACACCAGCCUCCCAACAAGGAGGAUAUUACUGCAAUGUGUGUGAUUGUGUGGUGAAGGACUCGAUCAAUUUCCUGGAUCAUAUCAAUGGAAAAAAACAUCAGAGAAAUUUGGGCAUGUCAAUGAAGAUUGAGAGAUCAUCAUUAGAUCAGGUUAAAAAAAGGUUUGAGAUGAAUGUAAAAAAACAGGAAGAGAAAAAGAAAGAGUAUGACUUUGAAGAGAGAAUGAAGGAGCUCAAGGAAGAGGAGGAGAAGCAGAAAGCUUACAGAAAGGAGAAGAGGAAGGAAAGAAAAAGGAAAGCUGAUGACUCAACAGGACUGAAUAUCAAUGUAGAUCCAGACAUGGCUGCUGUGAUGGGAUUCUCUGGGUUUGGUACAACUAAACCUCCCACAUAACAAGAGGUUAAUACUAGUGUGUUGAUGGACAGACAGUUGCAGCACUGUUUUAAUACCGAUAUGUGAAACAUCUUAAAUAAUGACGAGGAACUUAGAUAUAGUAUAGGUACACGAGGGAUACAGACAAUGUACAGUGUCAUACAGGGAAAGGGUUCUAUAUGUAUCACAGCCGUUAAUUUACAAAGGUUUUACACAAACAAAAAACUUUUUAUCACACUGUCUGUACUCCACCUGCUGAUUUUCAAUGUGACUGUUAGAGCAGAUAUUGGAUGUGUCACUUUUCACUGGAGACCUAAAAUAUUUGACAUCACAUUGGAAAAUGGCUGUAUGAUCUAGAGAAAAUACAUCAUUGUGUAACAUUCAGUGUAAAUCAAACAUCAGGUUUAUGUCCUAUUUUACUGUAGUCCUAGAAAGAAAGGACUGGAAUCAUGCUGUUUGUUUUGUUGAUAUUUAACAUUAAUCACUGACAAAAAUACUUUUGUAUCUGGAUUAUUGUGUUGACUAUCUUUUAAUGCUUGACUUCUGCUGACUAGUAUUAAUGACAAUUUAUGUGUAUCACAUAGUUUUCAGUGUGGCUAUUUGAUAUAAAAAAUUGUAAUGGAGAAUAGCUGGCCUUAUUCAGUAUUGGACAACAGUCUUGUAAACACAUGUACAUGAAGUCUAUAUGGGACAAGUACAUAAAACAGGUUGAGCUUUCAUAGGACAAGUGAACAUAGAAUGUCCCAUCCAUGUAAAACAAAGUAAAUCGUGAGUGAAAAUGAGUGGGGAUACUUGUGUGAAUGACUGAGGUGGAGAGCUAGGUGAAAUGAAAACUUGAUGUGUUAGUGUUUAUGUAACAUUUUGAAUGAUAAUAAAUGAUAUUUUAUGUAAAUGUA